AUGAAAAAAUUAUCUCAGAAAUCCUUAAUACUCCCCAAAAAUAGCCAUGACGUAUUAUUAAGUGGUGCAUGCGACGUAGCGGGCGGGGCGGGGUCUGUAAACGCUCUGCCAGCGGGCGGUAGUACUGCUCGAUUGGCGCCAUCUUUUGACGCGGCGACGCCGAGAAAUGUGACUGCUUUAGUUGGCAAGUCUGCUUACCUGAGCUGCCGGGUACGAAACCUCGGGAAUAGAACGGUGUCAUGGAUCCGGCACCGAGACCUGCACAUCCUAACCGUGGGAGGGUACACGUACACCUCGGACCAGAGGUUCCAGGCUACACACUCUCCCCAGACCGACGACUGGACGCUGCACAUCAAGUGGGCCCAGCAGAGAGACGCCGGCGUCUACGAGUGCCAAGUCUCCACGCAGCCGGUGCGCUCCUUCUUCGUCACUCUGCACGUUGUCGAUUGCGACGAGAUCUACCAGCGGAUGUUCUCCGACGACGAUUCUCAGAGAAUUAUGCCCUCGGCUCGUAUCCUGGGCGGUCCGGACCUGCACGUGGACAUCGGGUCCACCAUCAACCUGACCUGCCUCAUCCAGUUCAGUCCGGAGCCCCCCGCCUACAUAUUCUGGUACCAUGAAGACGAGGUGAGCGGACGCAAACAGGUGAUAUCGUACGACUCAUCGCGGGGCGGCGUGUCCGUGGUGACGGAGAAGGGCGCGGCCACCACCUCGUACCUGCUGGUGCAGGACGCGGCGCCAGCAGACUCCGGCCGCUACUCCUGCUCGCCUUCCAAUGCGGAGGUCGCCUCCGUGCGCGUCCACGUGCUCAAUGGGGAGCGGCCGGCGGCGAUGCAGACGGGCUCGGCGGGGCUGUCCAACAGCUCGCGCUGCAUCCUGGCGCUGCUGGUGGCGUGCGCGCUGCACGCGCGGCUGCUGCGCGCGCAGCUCGCCAGCUGA